CUCGCCAAUAUCUACAACAACAAUAAUAAAAUGACGCUGUGGUUCGAGAAGAAGCCGCAAAAAUCUGAACCGGUCUCGUUGGUCCAAAGAAGUCUUUACGUUUGUAACAUCGUCUUCUACCAAAUCGUCGGGAUCAUCGGCGUGUUGUUUCUGUGGGUCUUUUUCAACAAUGCCAGCAAUUUUACGUCUCUGUUUUUGUGGCACGUGUCUCUGUCGACGGCUGCGUAUAUACCGUUAAUGGCUAUCGCAGUGAUCGUAUUCUCCGACUACAAUUUAUGGACUAUAAAUAUACCCCGUACUAAAAGGUACGUCAUUCACGGUGUCCUGUUUGGGUUUAGCGUGGCGGUUCUUACCGCCGGCAUUUUCAUCGAAACCCACAGGAAGAGGCAACAAUCGAACUCCACUCAUUUUAAGAGCUCCCACGCCAUUUUAGGGUUGGUGUCUUGGCUCUUGUGCGUCAUCUCGUUAUUUACGGGACUACUGGCAGCCAACACUUCAGCCUUACCCGGAUGGAUCAGGCCCGUAUUCAUAAAAUUCGUGCACAAUUUCUUCGGCUGCGCCGGUUACGUCAUCGGUAUCGCUAGUCUGUGGCUGAAAAUCGACUCCAACAUAUACUUUAGUUUUAUAUCGGAGAACGCACUAAGCGCCACCUACUGGCUGGUCGUCAUAAUCACCGUAUGGAGUUUACUGGCAGCAUUGAGAUCGAUGUUCGAUCAGCUUAAAACUUUGUUUUAUGUUUGAAACGUCGGGGUGUGGUACGAUACUCAGGAAACGUUUCGAAAA